AUGGUAUUCAAAAUUUACAUCCAAUUACUUCUCCAAUUAGUUCUCACCACCCUCCAAUCCCACUCCGCCACUUCACGCAUCUCUAUCCUCCAAUCCAACUACCACAAUCUCCGUCUCUCCUUCUCCGUCAUUGACUUCGGCGCCAUCGGAAGUGGCAACUACUAUGACACCAUCCCUAUCCAAUCUGCAAUCGAUGCAUGUGCCUCUUCCUCCGCCCUCCAUGGCUCUCACUGCCUUGUCACCUUCCCACCUGGUAAAUACUUAACUGCAACACUGUACUUGAAAUCCAGGGUCUUUUUGAUUAUCCAAAAAAAGGCCACCAUAUUGGGCGGCCGUAGAUUGGAAGACUACCCUGAAAAAUAA